AGGGAGGGACCCGCCCGCCGCGCCCCGGCCGCUGGGCAUGUGUGUCCGCAGGCGCCCGACGCUGCCGAUGUCCCGGGGCUGAGCCGCGCCCAGGUGUCCCGGACAGUGCGUGCGAGCGUGUGUGUCCGCGCAGGCGAGCACCGCGCCGGCCCUGAGCCUCCCGCUCGCUCCCCACGGCCGCGGUGCAUGUUCGCCUCCUGCCACUGUAUGCCGAGAGGCAGGAGGACCAUGAAAAUGAUCCACUUUCGGAGCUCCAGCGUCAAAUCGCUCAGCCAGGAGAUGAGAUGCACCAUCCGGCUGCUGGACGACUCGGAGAUCUCCUGCCACAUCCAGAGGGAAACCAAAGGGCAGUUUCUCAUUGACCACAUCUGCAACUACUACAGCCUGCUGGAGAAGGACUACUUUGGCAUUCGCUAUGUGGACCCAGAGAAGCAAAGGCACUGGCUUGAACCUAACAAGUCCAUCUUCAAGCAAAUGAAAACUCAUCCACCAUACACCAUGUGCUUUAGAGUGAAAUUCUACCCACAUGAACCCCUGAAGAUUAAAGAAGAGCUCACAAGGUACCUUUUGUACCUUCAGAUUAAAAGGGACAUUUUUCAUGGCCGCCUGCUGUGCUCUUUUUCUGAUGCUGCCUACCUGGGUGCCUGUAUUGUUCAAGCUGAGCUUGGUGAUUACGAUCCUGAUGAGCAUCCUGAGAAUUACAUCAGUGAGUUUGAGAUUUUCCCCAAGCAGUCACAGAAGCUGGAAAGAAAAAUAGUGGAAAUUCAUAAAAAUGAACUCAGGGGGCAGAGCCCACCAGUUGCUGAGUUUAACUUGCUCCUGAAAGCUCACAGUUUGGAAACCUACGGGGUGGAUCCUCACCCAUGCAAGGAUUCAACAGGCACAACAACAUUUUUAGGAUUCACAGCUGCAGGCUUUGUGGUGUUUCAGGGAAAUAAGAGAAUCCAUUUGAUAAAAUGGCCAGAUGUCUGCAAAUUGAAGUUUGAAGGGAAGACAUUUUAUGUGAUUGGCACCCAGAAGGAGAAAAAAGCCAUGUUGGCAUUCCAUACUUCAACACCAGCUGCCUGCAAACAUCUUUGGAAGUGUGGAGUGGAAAACCAAGCCUUUUAUAAGUAUGCAAAAUCCAGUCAGAUCAAGACUGUAUCAAGCAGCAAGAUAUUUUUUAAAGGAAGUAGAUUUCGAUAUAGUGGGAAAGUUGCCAAAGAGGUGGUGGAGGCCAGUUCCAAGAUCCAGAGGGAGCCUCCUGAGGUGCACAGAGCCAACAUUACUCAGAGCCGCAGUUCCCACUCCUUGAACAAACAGCUCAUCAUUAACAUGGAACCCCUGCAGCCCCUGCUUCCUUCCCCCAGCGAGCAAGAAGAACUUCCUCUGGGUGAGGGUGUUCCAUUGCCUAAAGAGGAGAACAUUUCUGCUCCCUUGAUCUCCAGCUCCCCAGUGAAGGCAGCCCGGGAGUAUGAAGAUCCCCCUAGUGAAGAGGAAGAUAAAAUAAAAGAAGAACCUUUAACCAUCUCUGAACUAGUGUACAACCCAAGUGCCAGCCUGCUCCCCACCCCUGUGGACGACGAUGAGAUUGACAUGCUCUUUGACUGUCCUUCUAGGCUUGAGUUGGAAAGAGAAGACACAGAUUCAUUUGAGGAUCUGGAAGCAGAUGAAAACGCCUUUUUGAUUGCUGAAGAAGAGGAGCUGAAGGAGGCUCGCCGUGCUUUGUCGUGGAGCUAUGACAUUCUGACUGGCCAUAUUCGGGUGAACCCACUGGUCAAGAGUUUUUCCAGGCUCCUUGUGGUGGGCCUGGGACUGCUGCUCUUUGUAUUUCCCCUGCUCCUCCUCCUCUUGGAGUCAGUCUCCAUGCAGUAAACAGACCCAGCAGAACCUGCCCGUGGUGAGCUCAGCCAAGACUCGGCUCUCCAUGUUCCAACCUCCGUCUGUGACUGGGUGGGUAAGUUCGGUGGGCCCCACCCAGUGGGCUCGGCAGCCGUCACUUCACAGAAGAAGAAAGGAACCUUGCUUAGGCCUCAGAUCCCAGCUGUGCUCUCCAAUCCACUAAUAAAGCUGCUUUUAACCCUC